GCGGUGAGUCUCGAGCGGAACUAUCUCGCGAGACGUAGAAAGUACCGCGCUUGCGCGUUGCAGUAGCGCCUGGUAGCCUUGGCCGGUACUCCGACCGUUGUGUGAGGAGAGGUAAUCAGUUCGGAGGAUACUGCGUUUUCUCCACAAGUACCCGUGACUCGCUACCAUGAGCAGCACCUUAGCCAAGAUCGCGGAGAUUGAAGCCGAGAUGGCUCGGACUCAAAAGAACAAGGCCACAGCACACCACCUAGGGCUGCUUAAGGCUCGCCUUGCUAAGCUUCGUAGAGAGCUCAUUACCCCAAAAGGUGGUGGUGGUGGUGGGCCAGGAGAAGGUUUUGAUGUGGCCAAGACAGGUGAUGCUCGAAUUGGGUUUGUGGGUUUUCCAUCAGUGGGGAAGUCAACACUGCUUAGUAACCUGGCAGGGGUAUAUUCUGAGGUGGCAGCCUAUGAGUUCACUACUCUGACCACUGUGCCUGGUGUCAUCAGAUACAAAGGUGCCAAGAUCCAGCUCCUGGAUCUUCCAGGUAUCAUUGAGGGUGCCAAGGAUGGGAAAGGUAGAGGCCGUCAGGUCAUUGCAGUGGCCCGAACAUGUAACUUGAUCCUGAUUGUUCUGGAUGUCUUGAAACCCUUGGGACAUAAAAAGAUAAUUGAAAAUGAGCUGGAAGGUUUCGGCAUUCGCUUGAACAGCAAACCUCCCAACAUUGGCUUUAAGAAGAAGGAUAAAGGAGGCAUUAAUCUCACGGCCACUUGCCCUCAGAGUGAGCUGGAUGCUGAAACUGUGAAGAGCAUUCUGGCCGAAUACAAAAUUCACAAUGCUGAUGUGACGCUGCGUAGUGAUGCCACUGCAGACGACCUCAUCGAUGUGGUGGAAGGAAACAGAGUUUAUAUACCUUGUAUCUACGUGUUGAAUAAGAUAGAUCAGAUUUCCAUUGAGGAAUUGGAUAUCAUCUAUAAGGUGCCUCACUGUGUACCCAUUUCUGCCCAUCAUCGCUGGAAUUUUGAUGACCUAUUAGAAAAGAUCUGGGACUAUCUGAAACUAGUGAGGAUUUACACCAAACCCAAAGGCCAGUUGCCAGAUUAUACAUCUCCAGUGGUGCUGCCUUACUCUAGGACGACAGUGGAAGAUUUUUGCAUGAAGAUUCACAAAAACCUUAUCAAAGAAUUUAAAUACGCUCUGGUCUGGGGUCUCUCUGUGAAACACAAUCCUCAAAAAGUGGGUAAAGAUCAUACGUUGGAGGACGAGGAUGUCAUUCAGAUUGUGAAGAAGUGAAACCUUCCCCCUGCCCAUCUGCUGGGCCAACCAUAGCAGCUAUUCCCAUAACCAAGCUAUUCCCUACCCCAAACCCUUUUAAGCUUUGGCAUCCAGUGGAUCAGGAUUUAGGGGAGGGAGAUGAAGGCAUCCAAGCUGGAACUUUACUUGUCUUAACUUGGUGUCACCUUGUAAAUUAACUGCAUAAAGGACCUGGUAGGCCAAGCCAGCCAUGUGCA